AUGCAAGGGAAAAGGCAAUUUCAUUUUCUGUCAUUUAUAUUUUUGACUUUGGUGUUUGAACUAAAUUUUGCUUUCAAUUUUGUUGACGAUAAUGUUACACAUACAGCUGUAUCAUCUACAUCGCCGUUCUUCACGGCAUCGUUUUACACAAGUAGAUUUCAUCAACAGGUUACGUUAAUUGAUGGACAAUUUUGCGGUCCUAAUGAUUGUUUUGCUUCAGUAUUAACAGCAUUGCGAGUACGAAAUCCUAACUGUCAUCAAUGUAGUUGCAAUGAAGACUGUUUUCUGUACCACGACUGUUGUCCCUCUGUUUCGGUAUACGCCAAUAUUCCUUACAGGAAAAGGGAAUUUAUAUGUCGACAACCAGGCAGCAAACCAAGCAAAAAUGGUCAAAGAUAUUUCCUGACAUCUACAUGUCCAGUCGGACAGCCACCUGACUUGGUAUAUAAAUGUGAAGGUAGUAUAGACCCUGAUGUUGACGUACAGAUGCCUGUUGAAGGAUUUGGUCCGGAUUGUUUUGGUAACUUUAAAAAUAGAUAUUGUGCUGAGUGUCAUGGUUGUAAUGAAACAUAUUACGUUACAACGUUCCUAGAAUGUAUAAAUAGUUCCCACGUUCUUACUGAUCCUAUUUCUGCCCUGGAAAAAAUUACCACGGCUUUGAUCACUGAUGAUUGUAAAAUAGACUAUCUUUUACCUGGUGUUAUGUGUGAAGUUACUGAUGAAGAUGGUUUUGAAUUGAUUGAUAGUUGUAACCAGACCGGAUUGUGGGAAGAAUAUGAUGAACUUGUUCUCAAAGGCUGUCUCUUGAAGUCCUACAAAAUUCCAGUAUUUGAUAAAUAUUACAAUAUCUUUUGCUACAUGUGUAAUCAUAAUUAUACAUGGGGUCGGGGAAUAUGUAGAGACAUCCUUUGUCCACCUGAACUUGAAUUUAAAGAGAAGGAUUCAAUAUGCAAGGAUAAGAUUGUUACCAAUGCUUAUGGGUAUGACGUAUGUGUAAUAAGAGAAACCAUUGAAACCAAUCCAUCAGAAGCUGCAUUGGAACUGAACACUGUGAUAAAUGAUAUGAAGAAACAAUUGGAAGUUGUGUCAUUCGUUAUAAAAUCAAGUGAACAGUAUGAUUUGGAAAUGUGGAAUUGUGAUGGAAAAGUUUUCUUUAGAGUUCAGACGCGAUUCCAAAUCGCAUCAGUAUAUAUGACGUCUCGCAGUUAUUUCAGAUCUUUACUAGGAUGGAUUUUUGGAGACUCUGUUUUUAAACCACCAGAAAAAUGCGGGCAUGUUACGAAGUCCUCAUUAGAAGAAGAUAAUUGUAAAGUGAACGCGAUAUUAAAUACAGGUAAACUGGAUGAUUUAUCACAUAGUACUCCCUUGAUUACGUUUGUCAAAUCAGUCAUCUACCUACCUUUCUCCAAACUAACUGAAUGUUGUCAAACAAGAUUGGAAGGAUCCGAGUUUGUUAUUGAUAAAUUUGGUAUUUUGACUAUACUAACUUCCCAGAAAACAUUAAAAGAGCUCGAUUAUGUGUUAGAUGUUAAUGAUACUGUACGAGUAUGUAUUGAUGAUAUUGUCCAACUACCGUAUAAAUCACCGUGUAGUAACCGUCAAACUUUUUAUUUUGAUGAGAGUGAUUUUAACAGUAGACAAGGUACAACAACACCUGGUUAUGAAACCAAUUAUGAUCUAACCCUUCCUCCUGAAGCCAUUGUGUAUGAUGACGAAACCCUAUACCAUGACGACAUAGAAGAGUCUUUAUUCGACCCGGAAACGAAAGAUGAAACGUCAACUGAAUCCACUACAAUUGGAGAUUCUAUCAACAGCAACACAUCAAAUCGACUGAUUGUUCCAUUGGUCUUAUUUCAUGCCAAUAUGUGUUGCUUGAUAGUGUAUACCUUAUUUACAUAA